AUGAACACGCUCAUCGUCGAUGUAAGCGAAAAGCUCAGCGCAAACUACAGCGCGGAGGCAGUGUCGGGCCCUUUUAUCGAGGAGGUUCAACUCGCCAUCAACCAUACCUUCGCCGCCUACCCGCCCGAGGAUGCGGCCGAGACUAGCGAGAUCAUUGAAGAACUGCUCAAGACGCUGAAGGAGCAGCUCUUUGACGCUGCAUCAUCCGCAGCAUCGAAUCUUGAUGAGGUCAACAACAGCAUCGUCGAAAUCACAUCCAAGGUGUUUACCACUAUAAUGUCCAAGUACGGCUUCGAGGCCCCAGAGGAGUCUAUGGAGGCGGCCGACGACUUUGCUGGCGACUUGACCGCAAGGAUCCACUCAGCCAUCUUGUUUUUUGAGUACUUCUUUAUCGCAGCUGGUUUCUCACUCAUAAUUCUGGGCAUUUUGGGCUUGGUCAAUGUCCGGACGUAUACCCUCGGCUCGUGGCUGCGUUUCUCAGUACACCUCUUGCUCGGCACAGGCUUAUGUCUCCUGUGCCUGCUGACCACCAGGCCCGACAGCGACUGGGCAACAGCACUAGCGGAAACUGCAUGGCCGCUACCAAUGGUGGCUCUUGUCUUGUUGCUUGUUAUCUCCGUGCACCAUUUGAGCCGCAGGCGAGAAAGGAGCGUCGAUGCGCAAAAGUACCAUUUUCUAUCUAAAUGGCGUAAAACCGGGGCAUCCCCUGUGUAG